UUAACAUAAAACUAAUCUAUAAAAAUAGGUAAGGGGAUUUCCCAUAUGUAAGCACAGUUUCAGCUCAAGGGGCUUUUGAAUUGAAACAUGUCAGAGGUUACAAUUCCUAUAGUCAACCAGGGUGAAAUAGAACUGGAGGAUCUUCCAAUUGGAAGAGGCGGGUACGGGACCGUGUACAGAGGAAAGCACCGACAGUUUGGCCAUGUAGCUGUCAAAACUUUAAUAAACAAUGGGCAAUUACCAAAGAAACACCUAGAUGUACUUUUAGAAGAGGCCAAAAAACUGAUGGAGUUUUGUGAACAUGAUGGUAUUCUUCACCUUCAUGGCCUCAUCAUGCAGAGGGACAACUACUCCCUCAUUUUGGAGUACAUGCCCCUUGGAAGCCUCAUUGACUUCCGCAAACAAUUCACCCCUCGGUUUCCCCUCUUUGUCAGAUUUUUUAUGCAGGUCUCAUCAGCCAUGGAUUUUCUUCACUCCCAUAAACCAACUAUUCUUCACCUAGAUCUGAAGGCAGACAAUAUUUUGUUGGAUGGUGCUAUGAAUGCAAAGGUAUCUGACUUUGGUUUAUCAGAAUGGAAAACUGUGACAAUGACAGCCACUCGGCGGACAGAUAUUGCUGACUCAAGUGAGCGUCGUUGUACGGUAUCGCAUGUACCUCCCGAGCUGUGGAUUGACAUCAAUACACCUGCAGACCGAUUCUUUGACAUCUACAGCUUUGGUAUUUGUGUCUGGGAAACUCUGACAGGAGCAGUCCCUUAUGGGAAUGCUAGAGAUGACUUGAUUCGAUCGGCAGUACUGAGUGGACAGCGUCCUGAUUUUAGUCUCAUUCCAAGGUUUUGUCCACCCUUUCUGACAAAUAUUAUAACCCGUUGUUGGCAUCAGAAACCAACACAGAGACCAUCGUUUAGUACAUUGAAAAAAGAGAUUGAGGGAGAGUUUGAAAAAGAAUUUAAAAAAGACAUCAUUGCUGCAAUGAAAGAUGUACGAAGAGAAAUAAAAGAGUCUUAUCCUCCUAAUGACCUUAUCCAUAUUUACACCAAUCACAUUGACCACCUGACCAUUCCAGAACCUUCUCCGACUACUCUUCCUAAACAGCUGGAUUCAGGUCAAAGGUCAUAUGUGACCCCAAAUUCACAACAGCUGUCAACUUCUCAGGUUUCCCAGCAGCCUGUCGCCAUGGAGACAGAUGUUGAAACAGUAGAACCUGUUUUAUUCAAAAAGGAGUCAGAUAUGACAAAUGCCGAAAAAACAUUUAGGAAAAUUUUACGAGAUCCACUAGCUUUACUUAUGGCUCGAACUCAAUAUUGCAAAAACUUUUUUAAUAACCUUGACCUUAAAUAUAAAACUAUUUUGAAUGAUGAUGACAAAUUAAAAGAGUAUUUAGAUCAGGAUGAAAUGUUCAAGAGGGAAAUUUUAUGUCCCGGAAAUGACUUCUGGGGGAAUAUCAGUGGAACUCACCUACGCAUUGCUAAGGAUAGAGCGCAGGGCUGGAAGCAAGCACAUCUUAAUGAGUUAGAGGGUAUAACAAGAUCAGGUCAUUAUGGCAAGUCAGAUUACAAUCAAAGAAAUGUGGAAACUUCUCGAACAGAAAGAAGGAAACGAGUGGAUAAAACCUUCAGUGAACAUCCACAUGUUACGGAGCUGAAAAAUAAAAGUAAUUACACUAGAGUGAAGAAAGCAUUAGAUAAUCCCCGACUGUAUGAAUCUCUGAUGAUGAAUCCUGAUGUGGCAGCAGGAAACAACCCCCUCAGUCUGACCACGCUUGACCCAGAGGUCAUCAAAUUUGCUAAGGACCCCAUUCUUCUUUUAGUUCUUCUGCGUACAGACUAUACUCUUAUGAAUAAACUGAUGAAACCAGAAAAUCAAGAGUUGUUGAUGAAGGUGUUUGCUGCGGCAAAACAGAAGUUACCUUUGCCAGGUGGAGGAUAUGUAACACGGCCAAGUAGCAGCAGUAGAAGGUUUAACCCAAUGGAGAUGCUGAAUAAUCCUGACAUGAUGAUGGCGUAUGAGAUGAUGGGGGGUAAUCCUCUGAGGAUGAUGAGGGGUUUAGGAAGACGACCCCCCAACAUGUCAAUGGACAGUGAUGAAGAGGAUGAUUACUUUUAUAUGGGUCGCAGAGAGGCACCAAGAAUUAAUAAAAACCAUGACUUCUUGAAAUAUCAUAGAAAAGAUUCGGAUAAAAAAUGACCAUUGAAAGUUCUUGCCUAUAGAUCCCCUGAGUCCCUGAGCAGUUACUGACCAUUUCCAGAUUAACCAAGGAAGAUUUUAUUGUGAUGAUUGAAACUAAAGUUUAUGAUUUCAUUGAAAACUAAUAUCUUAUACAUAUACAUGGAAAAUUAUUAAUGUAUAGUGUAUACCAAAAAUAAAUUUUAUGCAAAAUGGA